GUAAGUGCCUCAAACAGACACAGACAACAGGCAGAGACACAAACAACAGCUCGUCUUUCAUUGAGAGCUAAAUGGAGACUGAGCCGGGUAUCGUGUCUCCCUUCAAGCGUGUGUUUCUGAAGGGAGAAAAGGGUAGAGAUAAAAAGGCUCAGGAGAAGACUACAGAACGCCGUGCCCUCCACACCUUCUCCCUCUCCCUCCCCGACCACCGCAUCGACCCUGACAUCCUGCUCAAUGACUACGUAGAGAAGGAAGUCAAGUACUUGGGCCAGCUGACAUCAGUACCAGGAUACCUGAACCCCUCCAGUCGAACAGAGGUGCUACAGCUCAUUGACAAUGCCAGGAAGUCCCACCAGUUGGCGGGUCAGCUUACUUCGGAGCAGGAUGCAGUGGUCAGUCUGUCGGCCUAUAAUGUGAAGCUGGUGUGGCGGGAUGGAGAGGAUAUCAUACUGCGUGUUCCCAUCCACGACAUCGCUGCCGUGGCAUACAUACGAGACGAUUCACUGCACCUGGUGGUGCUCAAGACAGCCCAGGAGGCAGGUGUGUCCCCGUGUCCCAGUACCUGUCCUGACCUGUCGAAGUCCCAGACCCUCAGCUCUCUGUCUGAGAGUGGGGCUGUACUGGUAGAGGUCUGCUGUCUGCUAGUACUGGCUGUAGACAACAAGACAGCAGCAGAGGAGCUGUGUCUCCUUCUCAGCCAGGUGUUUCAGAUAGUUUAUACGGAGUCCACUAUAGACUUCCUGGACAGAGCCAUCUUUGACGGAGCCACCACCCCUACCAGACACCUCUCUCUCUACAGUGACGACUCUUCAAGCAAGGUGGACCUAAAGGAAUCAUUCGAAGCAGAGGCCAGCACCUUGGCGGUGGUUCUCAGGGCGGUGGUUCUCAGGGCGGUGGUUCUCAGGCGGUGGUUCUCAGGCGGUGGUUCUCAGGCGGUGGUUCUCAGAGUGGUGGUUCUCAGAGUGGUGGUUCUCAGGCGGUGGUUCUCAGGGUGGUGGUUCUCAGGCUGUGGUUCUCAGGCGGUGGUUCUCAGGGCAGUGGUUCUCAGGCUGUGGUUCUCAGGCGGUGGUUCUCAGGCUGUGGUUCUCAGGGCGGUGGUUCUCAGGCUGUGGUUCUCAGGCUGUGGUUCUCAGGCUGUGUUGCGUACCAAGUUGUCGUCUCAGGAGAUCCAGCAGUUUGCUACUCUUCUUCAUGAGUACCGUAACGGAGCGUCCGUCCAUGAGUUCUGUAUCAACCUUCGCCAGCUCUACGGGGACAGCAGGAAGUUCCUCCUACUAGGUCUGAGGCCGUUCAUCCCAGAGAAGGACAGCCAACACUUUGAGAACUUCCUGGAGACCAUCGGUGUCAAGGACGGUCGUGGCAUCAUCACUGACAGCUUCGGGCGCUACCGCCGCACCGCCAGCUCCGCCUCCGACUCAACCACCAAUGGGAACGGGGCGGUGGGAGGGGACGGGGGUGGGUCUGACGAAGGGCUUGUGCCCUCCGAAGGAGACGAAUGGGACCGCAUGAUCUCUGAUAUCAAGCAGUUCACACCGGACAUCCCCGCAGUUCACGGACAUCCCAAAGUGACCUCAAGAGCAGUUCACACACCGGACAUCCCAAGAGUAUUGACCUCAAGAGCAGUUCACACCGGACAUCCAAGAGUUCCUAUUGACCUCAAGCAGUUUCACACGGACAUCCCGAGUAUUGGCACAGUUCACGGACAUCCCAAGAGUAUUGACCUCAAGAGCAGUUCACCGGACAUCCCAAAAAUUAUUGACCUCCUCAAGAGCAGUUCACACAUCGGACAUCCCAAGAGUAUUGACCUCAGGCAGUUCACACCGGACAUCCCAAGAGUAUUGACCUCAGAGCAGUUCACACCGGACAUCCCAAGAGUAUUGACCUCAAGAGCAGUUCACACGGACAUCCAGAGUAUUGACCUCAGAGCAGUUCACACCAAGGACAUGACCCAAAGGCAAUUCACCUCAAGAGCCUCAUCCCUCCCCUCUUUCUCUCCCUCCUCCCUCUUUUCCUCUAAGUUGCGUACCAAGUUGUCGUCUCAGGAGAUCCAGCAGUUUGCUACUCUUCUUCAUGAGUACCGUAACGGAGCGUCCGUCCAUGAGUUCUGUAUCAACCUUCGCCAGCUCUACGGGGACAGCAGGAAGUUCCUCCUACUAGGUCUGAGGCCGUUCAUCCCAGAGAAGGACAGCCAACACUUUGAGAACUUCCUGGAGACCAUCGGUGUCAAGGACGGUCGUGGCAUCAUCACUGACAGCUUCGGACGCUACCGCCGCACCGCCAGCUCCGCCUCCGACUCAACCACCAAUGGGAACGGGGCGGUGGGAGGGGACGGGGGUGGGUCUGACGAAGGGCUUGUGCCCUCCGAAGGAGACGAAUGGGACCGCAUGAUCUCUGAUAUCAGUAAUGAUAUAGAGGCACUGGGCGUCAGUAUGGACCAAGAGGGGUCACACCCUAGCCUCUAACCCCUACCAUCGAGCCUGUGCUGCAGUAUGUACCAAGAGGGGUCACACCCUAGACCCUACUCCCUACCAUCGAGCCUGUGCUGCAGUAUGUACCAAGAGGGGUCACACCCUAGCCUCUAACCCCUACCAUCGAGCCUGUGCUGCAGUAUGUACCAAGAGGGGUCACACCCUAGACCCUACUCCCUACCAUCGAGACUGUGCUGCAGUAUGUACCAAGAGGGGUCACACCCUAGACCCUACUCCCUACCAUCGAGACUGUGCUGCAGUAUGUACCAAGAGGAGUCACACCCUAGACCCUACUCCCUACCAUCGAAACUGUGCUGCAGUAUGUACCAAGAGGGGUCACACCCUAGACCCUAAACCCUUCUCCCUAUGCCUUAACUCAUACCCCCUAGUCCCUACUCGUCCUAAACCAAGAGAGAGGACGAUCCAGCCAGCCCAGAUCCAACCCCCUGAUGAUGACAUGCUGUGCAUUGUGGCCAAUCAGCUUUCAGUGUGAGCCAGCGUGGGGCCAAUCCGCUCGGCCUUUUAAAGAAAACUUUAUUGAUCCAUUCGUAGUGGUUUUUACUUUUAAGUCUCUGGAGUUUUGAUUGUUAUUGGCAGCAUCUGCCAUCAGUGACCAGGAUGAAGCUGAGUCGCCCUCCUGAGGGCAGCCAUCAUGAAUACCCACAAUGCUCUGUCUGGUGUCUCGCUUCACAAUGGGUGCGUUUGACAUUGCAGCCGACUUUAAAAGGCGAGUCGAGCCCAACUGAUCUACAAAUCACCUUAGAUCAUAAAAAAACGACCGACUCGAUAAUUAUAUGUGGGUCAAAUCAGUCCCUUCAUACAGCUUCUGCUGCUCUGGAACACGACCAAUCGGAGUCUGUGGGUGCGCUGUACAGGAAGUAAGGGUACCAUUUGACACGCAGACCAGAAGAUGUGCCUGGACACAGAAUAGUGAAUAUUUUAUAAUGACUUAGGUUUGUGUAUGUAGUAGUUAGCCUGUAUUUCUGUUCGUUAAGGUCAAUCAUUAACCUUCUAUACAGUCUCAGCCCUGUCUAAGACUGGGGGCGAGGUGGGGUUCUACUCUGCUAACAUAUGGGGUUCUACUCUAACAUAUGGAGGUGGGGUUCUAGUCUGCUAACAUAUGGAGGUGGGGUUCUACUCUGCUAACAUAUGGGGUUCUACUCUGCUAACAUAUGGAGGUGGGGUUCUACUCUGCUAACAUAUGGAGGUGGGGUUCUACUCUGCUAACAUAUGGAGGUGGGGUUCUACUCUGCUAACAUAUGGAGGUGGGGUUCUACUCUGCUAACAUAUGGAGGUGGGGUUCUACUCUAACAUAUGGAGGUGGGGUUCUAGUCUGCUGACAUAUGGAGGUGGGGUUCUACUCUGCUAACAUAUGGAGGGGGGUUCUACUCUGCUAACAUAUGGAGGUGGGGUUCUAGUCUGCUAACAUAUGGGGUUCUACUCUAACAUAUGGAGGUGGGGUUCUAGUCUGCUAACAUAUGGAGGUGGGGUUCUACUCUGCUGACAUAUGGAGGUGGGGUUCUAGUCUGCUGACAUAUGGAGGUGGGGUUCUACUCUGCUAACAUAUGGAGGUGGGGUUCUACUCUGCUAACAUAUGGAGGUGGGGUUCUACUCUGCUAACAUAUGGAGGUGGGGUUCUACUCUGCUAACAUAUGGAGGUGGGGUUCUACUCUGCUAACAUAUGGAGGUGGGGUUCUACUCUGCUAACAUAUGGAGGUGGGGUUCUACUCUGCUAACAUAUGGAGGUGGGGUUCUAGUCUGCUAACAUAUGGAGGUGGGGUUCUACUCUGCUAACAUAUGGAGGUGGGGUUCUAGUCUGCUAACAUAUGGAGGUGGGGUUCUAGUCUGCUAACAUAUGGAGGUGGGGUUCUACUCUGCUAACAUAUGGAGGUGGGGUUCUACUCUGCUAACAUAUGGAGGUGGGGUUCUACUCUGCUAACAUAUGGAGGUGGGGUUCUACUCUAACAUAUGGAAUUGUUUUAAGAGGGUCAUACCGAGAACAUUUAGCUUUUUGAUUUUAAGAUCCCUUGAAAUAUAAAGAAAAUAUAUAAAACUGA